CAGCCUCCCAGCGGGAAGGUCGGGUCUUCCAUAACGCGUAAGCCUCGGCUUCCGCUCGCACGAGCAGAGCAGACGCGCGCGCGGCUCUCCUUUUAUAUAGGAGUAUGUAUCUGAAGCGAAGCAGCGUCUCCCGCCGUAGCCAGCCUAGCAGACUCUCUCGAGCUGGAGGAGUACGAUUACGAUCCUACUGAGCGGAGAGUAAGCCGUCGAUCCGUCAAGCUUUCUGCGGUUGAGCUUCCAUGGGGAACUGCUUCGGCUCCGAGGAAGCCGAGGUGGAGGCCGUCAAGCAGGGCGGCGUGCAGGGCCACGAGCACGGACAUGGACGCCCUCAAGCGAUUGCAAGCCGCGGUGCUCCUCCCAUGGCGGCGCCCAAGGCCCACGUCGCCGCGGGCGGCAGGAGGUCCCCGGCCUCGUCGUCCAUGAGCAGCGUCACCACCCGGAGCACCAGCGCCAGCACGUCGGCGGGCGGCGGCGCGCAGGAGGGGGCGGAGCCGGAGGGCAGGAUCCUGGAGGCGCCCAACCUGCGCAUCUUCACGUUCGCGGAGCUCCGGGCGGCGACGAGGAACUUCAAGCCGGACACGCUGCUGGGCGAAGGCGGGUUCGGGCAGGUGUACAAGGGGUGGGUCGACGAGAAGACCAUGAACCCGGCGCGCAGCGGCACCGGCAUGGUCAUCGCCGUCAAGAAGCUCAACCAGGAGAGCCUGCAGGGCCUCGAAGAAUGGCAGUGCGAGGUGAACUUUCUGGGGAGAAUAUCGCACCCGAACCUGGUGAGGCUGCUGGGGUACUGCCUGGAGGACAGGGAGCUGCUGCUCGUCUACGAGUUCAUGGCCAAGGGCAGCCUGGAGAACCACCUCUUCAGAAAAGGCGGAUCUGUCCAGCCCAUCCCAUGGGGCCUGCGGCUCCGGAUCGCCAUCGACACCGCCCGCGGCCUCGCCUUCCUCCACUCGUCGGAGAAGCACGUCAUCUACCGAGACUUCAAGGCUUCAAACAUCCUCCUCGACACGAACUACAACGCCAAGCUCUCCGACUUCGGCCUGGCGAGGAACGGCCCCACCGGCGGCGACAGCCACAUCACCACCCGCGUGAUGGGCACCUACGGCUACGCGGCGCCGGAGUACGUGGCGACGGGCCACCUGUACGUGAAGAGCGACGUGUAUGGGUUCGGCGUGGUGCUGCUGGAGAUGCUGACGGGCCUGCGGGCGCUCGACACGGCCCGGCCCGCGCAGCAGCUGAACCUGGUGGACUGGGCCAAGCCGUACCUGGCGGACCGGCGGAAGCUCCCCCGCCUCGUGGACCCGCGGCUGGAGGGGCAGUACCCGUCCAAGGCCGCGCUGCGGGCCGCGCAGCUCACACUGAGCUGCCUCGCGGGCGAGCCCAGGAACCGGCCCUCCAUGGCCGAGGUCGUGACGACCCUGGAGGAGAUCGAGCGGAUGCGGCCGCGGCACCGGCGCGCGUCGCCGGAGGAGGACAGGGAGAGCGGCAGCGGCGCGUCGUCUCGGAGCGCGGCAGGGCGGAGCGAGCGCCACGGGCACAGGCACCAGCAGCAGUCGCCGCGGCCGAGGUCCGGGACGGACGGCGCCCGGAGCGGCCACCCGUCUCCUCGGGUGAGAUGACGAUGGCCCAGAGCGAGCUGACUGACUGAGAUCUCUCUCGUUGAUCGUGAUUCGCUGCCGGCUUUUCGGCCCAGCUUUCCCUGUCUUGGGCUUCUCCUGGGCACGUUCCAUACUUUCGGCCCACCGGUGCAAAGUGAGGCAGGUCUGGAAUUCAAGAUGGAGAAAAUGUUGGAGAGAGCCCAGUUCUGAUCCAGAAUCCAGCAUCGACAUGUCUAUCUCAUUUCAUCAAGUUAACACACGCACAUGCGUAUACUAAUUGCUCUUGGAGGGCGCCAGUGUUGGAAUGAUGCUCCCUUCUCCUUGACCCAGUAUCUGCAAAACUAAUUGAUGCACCCUCAUUGUACGAAAGCAAACCUUUUCCUUUCUUUCUUUCUUUUUCCGGGUUAUCUUAGAUUUUGAUGUAUAUAACUAGUUUAUA